CCCAGAAGCCAAUGCGGUGUUAUUAGUACUGUUGAGCGUCUCCAGCACAUGAGGUUAACAAUGACACCAGACUCAGCUGCUGGGUAGCCUUGUGUCCAGACUAUGUCACAGAGUGGAAUGAAGCAAAGGUCAACAUUUUCUCUUACAUGUGAUCAGCAGCAUGUUGUGCUUUAACUUCCGUCUCACUGCUCCGUUCAAUGGUUCGCUCAGUGUGUGAGGCUUCUCUGGCAGUGGAGAAGCACAACAGCUUUUUUCAUUUCUAAUUAGAUUUUAAACUGGAAAUCAGUAGCUUUUCAUGCCAGAACAAGUCACUGCAUGCUGGUUUGACUGACCCUGUACUCUGCAUCACGGUGCGAACCCUCCCAACCACAAACAGCUGACAUAAUGGUAGAAGGUGACACAGCAGGAUGUGUGGACAGAUCAGACGAGGAGAAAGACAUGGACCUGAAAGUGCUCACAUCUGAGGACACUGGAGGAGACGAAAAAAUGGCAGAGGUCCUGUCCUCCGCUGAUGGUCCCCAGGAAGGGACCAGUGAACCAAGAAAGUGGAACUGGGCAGUGAUGUUUCUGUGUUUCUAUGGCUUCAUGUCAUCGAUAAAGCCCGGGGAGCCUUUCAUCACACCGCUUCUGCUCAGCCCCGUCAAGAACUUCACCAGAAGUCAGGUGACCAAUGAGAUCAGCCCUGUGCUGACCUACUCCUACAUGGCAGUGCUGGUGCCAGCCUUCCUGCUGACUGAUCUCCUGCGCUACAAACCAGUCCUGGUCAUCCAGGGCAUUAGUCAGGUGAUCAUUUGGGUCAUUCUGCUCCUGGGUACCUCUCUCCUUGAGAUGCAGCUCAUGGAGUUCUUCUACGGCAUCACUAUGGCCUGCCGCAUGGCCUACUCCUCCUACAUCUUCUCCCUGGUCAGCCCGGUCCUCUACCAGCGAGUGGCUGGAUACUCACGCUGCUCAGUCCUCAUGGGUGUGUUCACCAGCUCGGUGCUGGGUCAGCUUUGCAUGUCCCUGGGCAAUAUCAGUUUCUACACCCUCAACUCUAUAUCCCUGGGUUUCGUUAGCUUUGGCCUUCUGCUGGCUCUGUGCAUGCCAUGGCCAAAACGCUCCCUGUUUUUUAAUCAAAUGCGUAAAAAGGAGCAAAUGGAAAAAGCAGCAUUGGCAGCUUCCAAAUCAGAACUGGACCAAAUGAAGCCGAAACAGAGUAGGUUUCCUUCUGUAGCACCCCUGUGCUCUGCAGCACGCUGGAAGGAUUCCGUCCUUGCGCAGAUGCUGCUGGAGCUGAGAAAUGUCGUCAGGAUCCCGAACCUGAGGCUGUGGUCCCUGUGGUGGGUGUUCAACUCCACUGGGUACUACCUAGUGUUGUUCUACGUCCACAUCCUGUGGAACAAAGUCUACCCCGCCACGGAGAACAAGAACGUUUACAACGGGGGAGUGGAGGCAGCUUCUACCUUACUGAGUGCAAUAAUGUCCUUCACGGCGGGAUUUUUGAAAAUCCGGUGGAACAUUUGGUCGGAGCUGGUCAUCGGCAUCAUCACGGCGGUGCAGGCGGGUCUGCUGCUGCUCAUGGGCACCACGGACAACAUCUGGGUGUGCUACAUUGCCUACAUUAUCUUCAGAUGCUUCUAUCAGCUACUGGUGCCUAUUGCCACUUUCCAGAUUGCCUCCUCACUCACAAAGGAGCUGUGUGCACUGGUGUUUGGCAUCAACACCUUCUUGGGGACCAUACUGAAUACCAUUAUCAGCCUGAUAUUUAUUGAUAAGAGGGGCCUGGCAUUUGAUGUGCACAGCCAGUUCCUGGUGUUCUUCAUUUACUUCAUCAUCCUGACUGUUGUCUACUUCAUCUGCGCUGCUGUGGUCAUCUUCCGUCACUACAGAAACCAGAACAGACCAGGAGGCGAGGCCAGUGACCAGGCCAAGUCCACAGAGCUAAGUCCUGUGGCAGCAAAUUCAGAGGCGGAACCUUUGUCUAAUGGCAGCAGUGCCAUAGCUUAGCUCUUCUUCCGUCUGCGUCGAAUCCUAUCAAGACCCAGGUGGUAACGCUGCAACCACGUGUCACAUCCCUCUGCAUUGCCUUACACAAGGCAUCUUCCAAUGUAAACCGACUAGCGGCACAUUUCCACACUCAGAGCAGAGGUAAAAUAAAAGUCAGUAUGAGGUUAGGGUUAGGGGUCAGAAUAGGACUGAGGUUAAGAUUAGGACCAGGAGAAGGACUGAGGCUAGAGUUAGAGCUAAUAAAAGGACAGAGGCUAGAGUUCGGCCAUUGAGGGUUAGCGUUAGGGAUGUACGAUAUGGUGGCAACAGAUGUCCAAACAUCACAUGUAAUUUCUAUCCUAUCCUACCCGCCUCAAAGAGGCCGUGGCUCCUUGUUAAGUGUCAACGAAACCGACUCCAUGCUUCCGAGUUUUGCCUUUUGGCACCGUCUAUUUCACAUUGUGUACCGUUUAAAUAAUUGUAAUUUGUAGUCGAUUCAGAAUCGUCCACGUCUGAACCGCGAUGCAUCUCGUAAUUAAUGUUUUUACCCAACCCUACUGUAAAGUGCUAAAAAUUUUGUACAGAAGUGUCAGAGCUUUUCUGUGUGUUUUGCGUAUGUAAGGUGACGCUGAGGGACGUGACAGAGCAGCGGUGUACGACGCUCUUGGAAUGAGAACAGGCUGCUGAUAACGAGUUUCUCAGGCUCAGUGCGCUCAGCCGCUUUGACCCCACUGCUGUAAACGGAGGCGUCGUUGUUCAGUGUUGGCUGCUAAGCCUUAAUCAUAGAAGUGCCUCACGGUCAAUGCAGCACUGACAGUCAUGUUUAUGUACUGUAGUUUAGAACCUCUUGACUACUUUUACACGCCUAUGUGGUUUCAUACACACAGUGAGGGACCACUGAUGUAAUGGGCUGUUUUUUUGUAACUUGUACAGGAAACUAGCAAACAUGGUUAACUGUUCUUUUUCAGUGGCAGAGGUUUGACCUUUGAAAUAAGGUACAUUUUUUUCCCGCUCUAGGGGUCACCACAAUGGAUGAUCUGCACAUUUGAUUUUGGCAGAGAUGUUUUUUUCAACUGUGGAUGCCCUUCCUGACACACUAGAUGUGGCCACCCUUGGUUAGAGUCAAUUUACUGUGUCCAAUUAACAAUGAGCAUUGCCCCAGCCCUUGAACUGGAGGGGAUUCGAACCAGUAACCCUCCAAGCCCAAUUUUCCAAAAAUGACCACAAAAAAUUAAUUACAUGCUCGGAAUUUUUACACCCUUACCGUGUAGUACUGCCAAUAGAAAACAAUUAAAUCAUAUCAGAAUAAUUGCUUGUUGUACACAUGUGUAAAUUCACAUUGUGAUAAUCGAAUUCAUCACAUUAAACCGUUUUUAAAAUAGUUAGUAUUAUGAAAGUCCACAGUGCAGAUUUUCUAACGUUUAAUUUGUGAUCUUUGUUGUUGCUGUAAUGUGAAAUUUCAAGAAUGUAGUCACAGCUGCAUCAGGGUUUUUGAAAUGACACUGAAACAGGCUACAGAAUAUGCUGCUUAAGAGAAGUGAUAGAGGAAAAUAAACUUAAUUAUUUUCUAUUUACACUAAUUUCAUCAGUACCUCAGUCAGCUGGUAGUAUUGCGGUUGUCCAUUGGGAGUUUGCCUGUACCAACCCACUGUCAAAAGGGCUGUAGUGUUAUACAUCAAUAUGUAUAGAUUUUAUUAACUAUUUUUGAUUCAAAUAUUUGCUGGCAGAUGACGUCACUGAAUCUGUGUGAAUGCUGUAAAAGGAAAACUGGUUUUCAUCAGGUUUUUUCCUCCUUUUUGUAUUUGCGAAUAAAUUAAUUAUAAAAUACCUACUA